AUGCAUUCCCAGGGUGACGGUAAUUGGGCUGGGCAGAACAGCCGCGAAUAUUUGGUUAAGAAACUGUCCGAUUUUCCCAUCGUCGCUUUCUUCCGAGACUUCUUCCAGUUCGACCCGGUCCAGCAGAUCAGCCUCCUCCCCACGCCAUCCGAGGCCGAGCUUUGUUGA